AGGAGUUAAAUUACAUCAAAUGUUAAAUAAGCUCAUAGACUUCAGGAUCAUUAAGGGUGGAAUUAAUUUGAUAGAAUUGAAAAGGUUGAUCUGAAAAUUAAUGAAAGUUCUAUUAGAGUAAUUCUUAAGCAAUAAAAAGAUCUUUGAUAGCUGGGAUCAUUAGUUUUGACAAAAUUUUAUUAUAGCUAUAUUCGAUGGACACAGUUUCAUUAAAAAUGGAUCUAGUUAAAGAUUGGCCUUAAUCAAGUGAAUUUGGUAAUUGUAUGAGGAGAAAUAAACUAUUCAUGACAAGACUCAAAAGCAACACGAUUGAAAUAGGAACAACAAUGGCCAUAAUGAUUUUGAGUAUCAUGAAUUAAAAUAUUAUUGAUCAAAUCAAUUCUGUGCAUCAUGUUCCAUGUGUACAACAAAGGCAAAAUAAUGAAAUGAUAACUCUAAGUUAAUGGAAAGCCAAGAACUUCUUAGCUUCAACUUCAUCUCGAUAUUACAAGAUCCCUGAUAUCAAUGAACCAAAAUAAAAAAAAUAGCAGAUCAGGAAUGUGAAGUACAAAUUUGAAUUGGAUGAUGAUAUGUGUCAUAAAAUACUAAAACAAGUAUUACCAAGAAAUCCACUUUUACCUAUGAGAAGAUAACAUCAACCUAGUAUUAUAUUAUAAUUAAUACUAGAUCCAUCUUAAUUAUCUGUCAUCUAACCUAAUUAAAGUUUACAGAUCAUCAACUCUUCAAUUGAAGAAUCUAAUACUGGAUCUAAAACAAAUCGUUUUAAUAAACCUUCACUUAAAAGAAAUAUAAGUCAACCACUUUUAGAUGAAACUAAAUAAUUAUCAUUUCUCAAAAACAAUUCAUCAUCAAAAGAUAUCAAGAUCUCUGAAAGGAAAAAAAGUAAGAUCUAUCUUGGAUCUACUGUUUAAGCAUCUUAGACCUAAACCAAAUUUGAAAUUGACUUUGACUUCAAAAUUAGAGAUUCCUCAGUUAAACGAAGAUUAUCUCAGAAACAAUUCAAUAUCUAUAAGAAUAGGAAACUUGCAGUUAACAGUAUUGCAAAUUAAUUCAAACAGUAAAAGGAAGAAUAAAUAGAAGCAAAAAGAAAAUAAAUAAAAGAAUCAAAUGAAUUCAUAUGAAAC